UAAUUACCCAUCGUCUUAUUCAGGGUUGUUGACGUCAUGUAUUUUGUUUUUUGUCACGAUUUCUUCAAAACUGGGGUUGUGCAACUGUAAUUCCAUUAUUGUAGAAACAAUUAUCCUUGAUUGUAAUAAAUCUGAAUACUGUAAUGGUCCAAUGCCAUUCUUUUUUUCCCAUUUAAAUGCCCAGCCAACUAGCUCUAAGUACACUUUUAUCAUCCUUCCGGUGUUUAAUCGAAGUUUCACUUAACCUUCAGUUUUUAUGCAAAGUGCAGUUUCGACAUCGUCAACUUAACUUAAAGAAAAAAGUGCAACUCAUUACCAUUAAACCGUAACGGAUGACAUAACGUAAAUAAUAACAAUAAUAGUACGAAAAAGCGGAACUGUGGCGAAAUGCUACAUUUUUUCGCCAAUUUUUCGCCGAUUAUCUCGUGACCUGAAACUCUUUGUUUCAUCGAUUGGUUCAAAUAUCAAAGUGAACGCUUUCAUUGGUCAAUAAUCGGAAUUACGGCAAUAGUGAUCAUCAGUUGUUUCGUGUGACGUAAUAAUUAGCUAUUAAAAUUCUGAAAAGAAACCAAGUCGCCUGUGUGUGCGAUCAAUAAUGUUAAAACAGUGAAAGCAACGUUGCGGUGUUACAGAAAUCGGUAUCUAUGGUAACCCAACAUGAAAAACCAAUCAACUUUUAGUCUGUGAUGGUACAAAUGGUUCCUACAAAAUGUCGAAAUAAGGUUUUGUAAUAAUUAUGGCUGUAGUGUUAUCGCAGCGAAAAUGGUUCAUUUUAUUAGCCACGGCCACGACAACAACUAUUUUACUUAUGUUAAUCAAUAAACCAAACUUCCAAGCGAUCGAUUUUAAUAGCGAACAACGUACGACUUUACUUUUGGAAAAAAUAACAUUAAGUAAUGAAAAACCGGAAAAAAAUUGGAGAGGAUUAUCCGAGAAAGAAAUAUCGAAUUUGUCGGUACUAGGCCGAAUAUUAUAUUUGGAAGAGGAACCACCUGACAUACCCGCCUCGAAGAAAAAGUACCAGAUUUUAGUGUGGAAAUACGGAAAAUCAAUCGAAAACCGGCAUUUAAAACAAUUCGGGAACCAACUCGUCGAUCCCUUUUCCGACUGUUCGGUAAAAAACUGUCAACUAACUUACGACGAAACGGCGCUAAAAACUGCCGAUAUCGUCAUAUUUCAUUUGCACCGAAUGAAGCCAGGGGACCUCCCCACACGUAAAACAUCACCCCAGUCCCAAAUUUGGGCUUUUUUGACCGACGAGAGCCCCCAUCACACGUUCCUAUCCCGAAACAACCUCACAAACUACAACGGGGCCUUCAACUGGUCGAUGACAUACAGGAUGGAUUCGGACAUCCCUGUCCCAUAUGGGCGCACGGUCCUCCGCAAAACGCCCAUCACGGACGAAUCGAUUUUGAAGCGUCGAGACGUCCUGGUGGCCAUCAUGGGCUCGAAUUGUGGGGGCAACAACAAACGAUGGGAUUACGUGAAAGAGUUGCAAAAACACAUCGCGGUGGACACGUAUGGGGGCUGCGGGACGAUUAAAACGUGUCCAGGGCACUUCAAAAUGGACUGCCCCCAAAUCGGCGAGUAUAUGUUUUAUUUAGCGUUCGAGAACUCCAACUGUGACGAAUACGUCACGGAGAAGCUUUGGUGGAACGCCUUUGCGAAAAACUCGAUCCCCGUUGUUAUGGGGGCUUCCGUGGCGAGUUACAGGAAACUGCUGCCGCCCGAUUCGUAUUUAAACGUCGAUGACUACGCGCGCCCCAAAGACCUGGCCCAGUACAUCCUCUACUUGAACCAAACCGGCAAAUACCGGAAGUAUUACAAGUGGAAAGGGGAUUUUGAGGUCUUGAACGAGCACGGGUACUUCCAGUCCAAGUCUUACCACUAUUGCAGGGUCUGUGAGGCCCUGAAUUACAACCAAAGGCACAAAAAAGUCUACCAGGACUUGAGCCAAUUCUGGAGCGCGAGCCGGGACUGCCAUCCGGCGUGGAACGCCAGUUGAGUCUUUUAUUUAUUCCAGUCCAAAGAGUUAGGUUAUGUUUGUUUUUUGUACGUUUGAGAUAAGAGAAAUAAAACUUACCACUAA